AUGCAUGCAGAGAGAGACUUAUCUACUGACGAAGAACUACUCAUGCAAGAUAUCAAUACCGAUGCGAACAACCAUACUCCCUACAUCCUAGCCAUCACGACCUCCCGUAUUGCAUGUCUAAAUGGAGACUUAUCUACCGCCGAAGAACUACUCACUCAAGAUAUCAACACCAGUCCGAACAACCAUACUUCCUACGCCCAUCGGUCAUUCGUCAUGGCGCGAAAAUACGACUGGGACGCGCCCUUCUGGACGCAAUCAAGGAUUCAGCCCUCAUUGACGGGCUAUAUCUCCAAGGGUAUUGCCCUCUGUGGAAAAGGCCGCGUCCUGGAUGCGAGGGCAGCAUUUGAUGUUGCAUCCAUGUACACGGACCAGGAUUCAGAAAUCACUCAUUUUCUGCUAUUGAUCAAGGCCAUCGCGCUCUUCAAUGCAGAUCAACAUGACGAGGCAAACCUGCUCCUCAAGAGCUCGCUACCGGUUGUCCGAAUACCGAUACUCUCGCAUGCAUAUCUACACGUUCAACUCGGAAUCAAAGCCUUGGAUGGCGCACGUUACGACGAAGCCGCCGACCAUUUCACUGCCGCUAUCGACUCCAGCGAUUAUCAUCGAAUCGACAUUCAUGAAGUAUAUGAGAUUUGGUGGUGGAAUGCAGCGCACUCUGCGCUGCCAAUGGAGAGGCUGCCUUCGCUGCAAGCGAUUACGACAAGGCUAUUGACCUAUACUCGAUGGCGAUCGACCUGGAUUCUGCAUCCUGAUAUCUUCUUUGCACGUCGCAGCGAGGCAAAGUUAAGUAAAAUGCUGUGGGAGGAUGCGCUCCUCGACGCGCGAAAGGUCACCGAACUCAAUCCUUCGUCUCAUGUUGGGUACCAGUUGUCACACUCAGCGCUGCGUGGCGCGCAACGUUACGAUGAAGCCAUCGAGGCCUUCACAAUCAUGUUGUCCAAGUUGGACGAUGCUCCAGAAGUGCAGAUACGAGAUCUGCGUCAGCAGUACGUCCGUCCAUCGGAAGCAGAAGACGCUAUUCGAAGAGCGCUAAACUCCUUCAAAACAAGUCCAGAGUACAAGGAGCUUUUGUCAUCCAUAACGAAGCGUUCGGAUCUCGAAAUGGAACGCAUCAAGGAGGUGGUGGCGACGCACUUCCGUUGCGUUUUGCUAUCACACAGGUGGGAAGAGACGGAGGUGCUGCUGCACCACAUCCAAAAUAAAGAUGUGCGCGAGUUGAAGGACUUGGUGGCAUCACGAAACUGCAGUCGUUCUGCAAAAUCGCUCGUGAUGCGGGGUAUUUCUGGGCGUGGAUGGAUACAUGCUGCAUCGAUAAGAGCAACAACGCGAGCUUGGAGAAUCGGUCCAAUCCAUGUUCGUCUGGUACCGUCACUCGCGCUCACCAUCGUCUACCUAUCCGAUGUCCCUCCUUCAUCCCAACCCGGUGCACUGCGAGCAGUGUUUGGAACGAGCGGGAUGGACCUUUCAAGAAUUCGUCGCUCCGAAAGUCGUUAG